AUGGCUGGCAUAUUUGGCUCCGGCGCUCUUGCUUUUGCAGCUAUCCAGAGGAAUCUGCCAAAAAUUGCGAGGUGGCAAAAGGCAACCUGGAUAGUAUCCGUUGGUGCCCUGGGGGGUUAUGCUGGAAUUCACUUUGCAGGGCCGAACUGUCUCAAGAAACUCGUACUGCUGCCAGAUUCGAAGCUGGCAGACGAAGCUCGUCGCAUUGUGUUGGAAAGGAGGUCGUCGAUCCCGAAUGCGGAGAGUUUGAUAAGGAACUUCCCGAUCCGCAAGUUCGAGGAGGAUAUCGAGGAGCCCAGGAAGUUUUCGUCGUUUGCGCCUGACGGAUCAUUGGCUGAAGGUAAACCUAGCACCGCUGAUGAGGAUUCCAAGCCGGCAGAAACGUCGAAGGCACAUAACAGGAUGCAUGCAAGGCAUUCCGAGAGACAAAACCGAUGGACUGAAGAUUUUCAUCGCAAUCCACAUCCUCGCCAUGGCCAAACUAAACCCGAUGCCUCCAAUGCGACACCAGAGCAACAACAGAAAUUUCGUCCGGAUCAGUUCGACCCGUACCAGGGAGUAACCCAGGAGGCGAAGGAGUCAGCAUGGUUCGACCAGGAUGGGAGCAAAACCUCUCAGAAGACAAACCAAUACGGAGAUCCAGUCUGAGCAAGCUGACACAAAAAAAAGAAACGAGCGGAAGCUUGCUAUGUCAGUACAUAGCUGUGGAUAAACAAAUCUCUUGCUCC